AGUGGGCCGAUCUCGCCCUGCUGAAGACAAUGAAAGCGAUACACUUGGCCCAUUAUCAUCGUUUGCUCGCCCAGGUGGUGCAAAACUUCGUCGUCGAAUGUCCCACAUGUCCCGUACUUCUACUAGGACUGAAAUGACUUUUCCUAUACGUGCAGACGCUUAUUCCGCCACUAAUCUACUCCAUCGCUCCGAGGAAUCUGGGCCUGCGGUUUUCCCCCCUAAUCUUCCUUACCCAUCUCUCGUUUCGGCGAAAGCCCAUUCAACUGGUCAGCGGAAUGGAGGGAAGGGCUUCUUUGCUGCAAUCGGAAGGAGGGCUAGCGUAAAACGAGAGCGACCUCAGCCCUCACAACCCAGUUACCGUCCACUAGCCCAUCCCCCGAAGGGCUCAUUUGCCCCACCGCCGAGGUCCAUUGUUCUAGAGAAGGUGCCAACUCUCCCUGGUGGACCACGCGCAAUUCCGAGGAGAUCGAGCGUGCCCGUGACAUCGAUGCCAUUGUUAUUCGGGAACAUGAAUGGCUCAAUGCCAGGAUCAUCGUUCGUCGGCGCACGGCUCAAGAAUGUUCAUCAAGGGGGAAGCGGGCUACGAUAUUAGUGUCAUUACUGCCUUCACUGUUUGAACCCCAACUUCGUUCUCAUAUCAACCAUGCUCAUGUACCACCGGUUUCUUCCGCAAGCUUCAUCUUGUAUCAAUGAUUUAUUACGUCGUCAAAGUAUGAUAUACAUUGGGAGGAUAAUCGGGUAACUUUGUACAACAGUGCCAUCUGCUAACAAUGUGAUUGGCGUUCAUACGUCCCUAAUCCCGAGGCCUC